AUGUCCAACGACGGCGCCAAUGGAGCCGCCGACGAGCUCCCCUCGCCCCCGCCGGAGCUCGUCCACCUCCUCGUCGACACCCACGCACACCCCGCCGAUGAUCCCUGCACCUACGACUCGUCCCUCUCCGCCCCUGCAGCCGCCGACGCGCUCAAACAGAGGCUGCAAAGCUGCCCAAUGGCGACGGUCGUGGCCAUGUCGACGUCCUACCGCGACCAACCCAUCGUGCAGCAACUCGCCUCGUCGUCCCUGUCAUCGUCGUCGUCGUCGCAAUCUCCAAGUCAAGAUAAGCUGCUACCCUGCUUCGGUCUCCACCCCUGGUUCGCCCACACCGUCUCGCUCGCCGAAUCGCCGCCCAAAGACAAGCGGCAACACUACCUCGACCUCUUUGCCGGUCAGAAGAGCGCAGAGGACGAAGUCGACGAGAUCCUCGCCGACCUCCCGGACCCCACCACCCUCUCCGACCUGCUCCGCCGCGUACGCCAGGGGCUCGAAUCGCACCCCACAGCCAUCCUCGGCGAGGUCGGCAUCGAUCGCGCGUUCCGCAUCCCCAGGAAACGAUGGUCCUACGAUCCAUUCAGCGGCAACGCGACCAAGAACAACACCCACACCUGCUGCUCGAAACACGCCGACGGCCCCAACGGCUCGCUCGGCGACGACGACGACGAUGCCACAGCUACGGCGCGCACCACCAAGCCGAAGCUAACCCGCCUCAAGACGCCGCUGCCCCACCAGCUUGCGAUCGUGCGCGCCCAGAUCUCGCUCGCAGUCGAGCUGGGCCGCAACGUCUCCUUCCACUCGGUCCAGGCCAGCGGCGCCACGCUCGACUUGAUGCGCGAGCUCCACCUCCUCCACCCGGGCGGCUUCUCGCUCGGGAUGCGCGACAUCAACGUGAGCUUCCACAGCUGCACCAUGGAUGUCAACAUCGUCAAGACGCUCCAGAAGACCUACCCGAACGCCUACAUCGGCUUCUCGAGCACCAUCAACUCGAUCAAGGACAACCACCGCGACGUCAUCCAGACGGCCGACGCCAAGCGCAUCCUGGUCGAGUCCGACUUCCACCGCGUCGACGGCAUGGCCAAGAGGGUGUGGGAGGCCACCAGGAUCGUCGGCGAGGUCUGGGCCGGCUGGAGCGACGCGGAGCUGGAGCAGAAGAGGAGCGACCACGCCGCGGCAAAGCAGAGCGGCCAAGACGGAGAGACGGAGCUCGACGUGGCGUGGAGAAAGGCUGCCCAGCAGCUGGCGAGGAACUGGAGGCGUUUCUGCAGGAACGGCGCCGUCACCCGGGACGAUGACGACGAAGACAACGACGACGAUGAGGACGACGGCGAUGAUAGCGACGAGGAUUAG